AUGCCACCCACCGGUUCGUACGUGGCCGAUGGGGAGAAGUCAGAGAACCUAUUGGCCAGCUACACUCUCUAUUACUUAUGCAGAAGGGAGGCAGGAGAAUCGUGCUUUGUGGGCGGAUCCAAUCCAGAGAAGGGAAUUCUGCCUCUGGGAUACCUGAACAAUACGGCUCGUUUUAAGGCAGAAAGCGUGCUUACGAAUGCUGCUCAGAUCCUUGAACAGUUUAAGGUGAAGACGGCUCAGAAGAAGAAAACCACGUUGCCGUUUCUGUUCUCGCCGUUCAAGUCUCUUUCUGAUUCAGAACAAAUAGACUUUCUCAGAAAGGCAAGGACUGCUAUUCAGCAUGAAAAAUACGAGGAAGCGGUGUCUCUUUGCAGUCAGCUGAUCGAUCUCGCUUUAGAAGGGCUGUCGUAUUACCAUACCUAUGACAGGCUCUUCCUUGGCAUAAGCGUUGCCCUGAGUUUUGUGGGCUGGACAUCUUAUGUGAUUCUGGUGAUUAUCAAGGCACAGGCCGGUUUGAUCCGCGGUACCCCGAGUAAGGAGAUCAUCAGUCUUCUCCAGUACGCCUUUCCCGCGGUUGGAGUACUGAUAGCAACUUUGCUGCUCAUUCAGAGCUUGCCGUGGACUUAUUACAUCUAUUGCCUGUUACCGGUCCCCAUAUGGUAUGCAGUUUUAAAAGAAUACCCCGUCAUUCAAGCGCUGGCCGCGUCUCUUCUGAACCUUCCAUGGACUCAUUCGGUUGGAUUUCUACUAGCGUCUACUCUGGGAAUUGAAAUAUUAGUCUUCUCCUUUUUCUACCGUUCCAUGCUCAGCUUUGGGCUGAUGACCUUCUCGAUGUGGCCUUUGGUCAGUCGGCUCUGGACCCAAGCUAAGGCAACGGUGCUAAGCUGGAUUCUUUCCUGUUUGCUUCUGUCGGUCUUCCCCUUGAUGCCUGUUGUAGGAAGAGAUCAAAAUAUCCCUCUGGUAACAGCAGCGGGCUUGUCGAUCCUCUUGUCUUCAUCCUGCCUAGUGGCGUUACUUUGGAAGAGCAAGAAAAAACACGUGCGUGGCAAAGAUCUCUACCUAUAUCUCGCUCAGUUGCUGAGCCUGGCACUUUCGUCUUACGUUGUGAAAAAUACUCACAGCAGUCUGGAAAGCAAACAAGGAUUGCCUUUAAUAAAUCAGAUUGUGAGCUGGACAACAUUAGCUUCGUCCUUGAUCGUGCCCCUGUUAAGCUCCACAAUGCUGUUCUUGAGGCUGCUGAGCAUAUUCCUUUCACUGAUGUCCACGUACCUUCUGCUUAGCACAGGAUACGAAGCCCUUUUCCCACCAGCCUUGGCUCUGUUGAUGUUUGUGUGGAUUAACAUGGAACAGGAAGCACAGAAAAGUUACGGAGUUUCACUGAAGUCCAAGCUUGCUGCCCUCAGCUUUUCGCACACGGCUGAUAUAACUGAGUUUCGACAGCUCCACAUGGGCGACAUCAGGCGAUCUUUUUUCUUCGUUUUUUUCAUAGUGACGGCCUUUUUUGGGACUGGAAACAUAGCUUCUAUCAACAGCUUUGAUCCAGCCUCUGUCUACUGCUUCUUGACGGUCUUCAGCCCUUUCGUGAUGGGAGGCUUGCUACUGUGGAAGAUUGCAAUCCCUUUUGUUCUUGUGUCGUGUGCGUUUGAAGCUGUUCAAGUGACAACACAGCUAUCGUCUAAAAGGCUUUUUCUCAUCGUUCUUGUGAUUUCAGACAUUAUGGCUUUGUUUCCCCCCCCUGCGGACUUACUUGAAGUGACAGUGCCUUCUGUCACGUUAUCUCACGUCAUGAGAGGCUACCGCAGAAGAAAGGUACCUGAAGGUAGAGAUGGGGGUAUUGUCGUGAUUUUGACUACAGAGCGCAUUAGCCACUAUGUUGUGGUCAUGUCCUUCACCAUCUUCUUGAUGCUUUUAAAUGGACUGUCCCAGCUGCUGACCACAAAGAGACUAGAGCUGUGGGAAAGGACCAAGCACCAUCCGUUGUGACCACAUGACUGGACUUUUUUUUUUUUUUUUGGUAAAACCUUCAGUCAACCUGAGGAACGAAUAAAGUUGACUUUCAGGAAUCCCUGGAAAACUUGAUGCUACGGAUGGUACCUUGACACCCCCUCCCUUCCUUUAGGAUCUGAAUCUUAUUUUACACACACACACUCACACACUGGAGUGCAUCGUAAGGAUGACCGUCGCGCUUGAUAGACCACUUCUGAAUCAGACGGUCACCGGGACAUCUAAGGAAUCACCCUAGAAAGUAUGGCAAACUCAUUCCAGAGCCUGUUGCCUGUAGCAAGCGU